UGAAGAGAAAGAAUUAAUGUGGUGUAAUAAAAUAUCAGUGGUCACUGAACAAGUAAACCUUAAGAUACUUGGUCUUGAGACUUUCAACCGAAGAAUGUUAAAAGCUUUAACCCCGGGGAAAUGCUGAACUAUUGAGAUGGCUGCUGCCUGAUUGACACCUGGCCUAAGAAAUUCUUGAAAAACACAGACCGAAAGUGAGACAGUCCACUGUCUGCCAUCCCUGCAACCAUGAGCAAUAACGGAACAGAUUUCACCACAGGCUACCUCUCGUCUGCUGUAGCAAUUGUCUUGUUUGGCUCCAACUUUGUACCACUUAAAAAAUACGACACGGGUGAUGGGAUGUUCCUUCAGUGGGUGCUCUGCGCUGCCAUUUGGUUGGUCGCCUUAGUGGUCAACUUGGUACUACGCUGCCCUAAAUUCUGGCCCUUUGCAAUGCUCGGUGGCUUCAUUUGGGCAACAGGGAACAUUGCUGUUGUCCCAAUUAUCAAAACCAUCGGUUUAGGUCUUGGAAUCCUCAUCUGGGGAUCAUUUAAUACCUUAACUGGCUGGGCAAGCUCAAGGUUUGGCUGGUUUGGAAUGGAUGCAGAAGAAGUGCCACACCCCAUGCUGAAUUACUUUGGAGCUGGGCUGUCAGUAGUAAGUGCUUUCACAUUUUUGUUCAUCAAAAGUGAACUUCCAAUUAAUCCAUGCAGCGUGGACAACACGCCAUUGAUAACAGAACCUGUGAUCAACACAGCCGAAGACUCCUGUGCCAAUGCCCCCUGGGUCGAUAGACUUUCCACCACGUACCACCGCAUUGUGGGCUGCAGCCUUGCUGUGAUAUCUGGAAUACUCUAUGGAUCUACAUUUGUGCCAAUCAUUUACAUCAAGGACCACAGCAAAAGAAAUGACAGCAUAUACACAGGCGCUAGUCAGUACGAUUUAGACUACGUUUUUGCGUACUCCAGUGGCAUCUUUCUUACAAGUACAAUCUACUUUGUGGCCUAUUGUGUAGCCAUGAAAAAUAAGCCAAGGCUAUAUCCAGAGGCAGUCUUACCAGGCUUCCUGUCAGGGGUGCUGUGGGCCAUCGCCACCUGCUGCUGGUUCAUAGCCAACCAUUCUCUGAGCGCCGUGAUCAGCUUCCCAGUCAUCACUGCUGGUCCUGGAUUUAUCGCUGCACUGUGGGGUAUCUUCAUUUUCAAGGAAAUACAGGGUCUCCGAAACUACUUACUGAUGAUGCUUGCCUUCUGCAUCAUCUUGACUGGGGCCCUGUGCACCGCUUUUUCUAAAACCUAACUAUUCCCUGCAAGACCAGCAGAUGGCAGCAGUCGCUAGAAGAACUACUCUCCCGCACCAGGACUACUGCGGACUGCUAAACUGUCCAGCAAUGAAUCUCUGCCACUCUGGGAAUGGAUAGAUGACUGUUUACUCCCCAAACAUGAGAAUGAAGAGAGACUGUGAAAAGCCCUUCCCACAGGCUGUUCACGAAGGCAGGACUGUGCUGGGUAGCUGAAGACGUGCUGCCUUCUUGGGUCAUACUGUCUGAGGGUACCGGUGUCUUCUGUGUCUACUCAGGGGUUAUAAUCCAGAAAAUAGGAUGGAGUUUGUACAAAGGAAAUUACCACCCAAAUUUAUAACUUAUUAAUGAAGAGGAGCAGAAAUAAAUACUCACCUUAAUGGAAUUCAAGUUCAAAGAUACCGGGCUCCUUAGCUAGAGAAAGUAAAUGUCACAGUUGCUAACUGAAUGUUUAAAAGGCCAGCUCUUUGUUUUUAGCAAAAAAAAAAAUUAAUUUUACUUUAAUAUUGCUCAGCUCUGAAUAUUGCCUGCCCUUCUUAGCUCAAAAUAUUUUGAUAAUUAUUCCAGAUAAAAAUCCUUUCCCUGAGAGCAAGUCACCAUCAUCAUGACAUAUGUGUGUGAUAUAAUGUAUACAUUUACAAGCACAUGUGUGUACGCAUGGUUCCAGAUUUGGAGAACAUUCUAGGGUUGCUUAAAAUAAAGAUUUAUUAGGUUCAAUUUAAAGGGAGCAUACUUGUUGGAUAUUUUUGUUUCUAAAAUACAGUUACUUAAAAUCAUUUUAA